AUGGAGAGGAUACGCUGGCUCGACGGCGUCCGCGCCAUUGCCGCCGUCUCGGUCUCCUACAACCACUACAUCAUGGGCGAGUUCGCCGCGCCCUACAACUCCUUCUGGGCCGCGCCGUCCUCCGAGAACCGCUGGCUCUUCCAGCUCCCGAUCCUGCGCCUCCCCUUCGCGGUGCACUCCAUGGUGCCGCUCUUCUUCAUCAUCGGCGGCUACGCCAUGGCACACAGCGUGCUCGCGCGCAGCAGCGGCGGCGAGGGCGCCUUCUCGCGGUACUUCCAGCUGACGCUCGUGCGGCGCUGGCUGCGGCUGUACCUGCCCAUCAUCCCCAUCACCGUGCUCGCGAACGCGGCGUACUUUGUCGGCGUCACGACGCGGCCGUUUGCGGAGCAUGUGACGCGCGGUCUGAAGCCGUGGACGGCGCCGCUGCAGCAUCUGAGGCUGCUCGUGGAUUACUUGGUUGAUAUCGCAGAGCCGGUGAAUCUGGCGUGGCAUGAGGGGUUCAAUAAUCAGCUGUGGACGAUCCCGGCGAGGCAUGAGUGGUCCGUCAUUGGGUCGCCAGUCUUGUUCCCGCGAAGGGCUACAGCAAGCAGAGCCAGGCUUGUCGGCCUGGCGAAGACUGUUAUUCUCCUUGGAGGCCUGUACCUCAUGUGCUUCGAGGGUGACGAAGGGACUGGGGUCGCUCACGUUGGCUACCAGUGGCUGGCAUCUAUUCGAUCCAGACGGUGGGCAGAGUCCGGUCGCAACACUUUCUCUGUUGUCAGGUCCUGCUACCAGUCUCUAGGCGGUCUGAUGGUCGUCUCGGUCAUCGCAACAUCCCCUUCUGUCGCGAGACGGCUCGAAGCACCGGUUUUGCAGUAUCUGGGCAAGAUUUCCUUCUCAUGGUACCUCGUGCACCAGUUGCCACCCAUCAUCCUGAAGGGCCCGCUGAGAGACUUCUUCUGGAGGCUGCUGAGGCCGCAGGACCCUGUACAUCUGAUCAUGUCCGAAGCUUUGCAGUAUCCUUGGACCCUUCUCUUUGCGUGGACGGCCACAGCGAGUAUCAUAUUCACAUUGACCUGGAUAUGCGCUGAUUUGUACUUCCGCCAAGUGGAGGAGAAGAGUGGUGCGGUAUCAAAACGGAUUGAGAGUUGGGUGAACGCGCCCAAGGAUGGAGAUGCGGAAGCGAACACCGCUGUUCCGAUCAUCAAGAGACCAUAG